AUGUCUUUCUUUUUCUGCUGCGCCAUCCCCUUAUUCUGGCCCAUCCUAUUCCCAUACGUGGUUUAUAUAUCACUUUUCUCCAAGGCUGCGACAGAUGGUAGGCUUUCAAGGAGAAGUAACUUCAUUCGGUCCCUGCCAAUAUGGAAGCUUUUUGGCUCGUACUUCCCGGCUCGCCUUCACCGAACAGUCCCUCUCCCACCAACCAGGAAGUAUAUUUUUGGCUACCACCCACAUGGAAUUAUUUCUCAUGGAGCAUUCGCGGCCUUCGCUACUGAAGGGCUGGGCUUUUCAAAGCUCUUCCCGGGAAUCACAAAUACCCUGCUUACCCUGGACUCCAAUUUCCGACUUCCUUUCUACCGAGACUGGGCAUUAGCAAUGGGAUUAGGUAGCGUAUCCCGUGAAUCCUGCGAAAAUAUCCUUUCAAAGGGUGGAAUGAAUAAAGAAGGCAUGGGCCGUGCAAUUACCAUUGUGAUAGGCGGUGCGCGAGAAUCCCUUGAUGCCCAGCCACAUACCCUCCGACUAAUCCUGCGCCGACGAAAGGGGUUUGUCAAGCUUGCAAUCCGCACUGGCGCAGACCUUGUUCCUGUACUCGCAUUUGGCGAAAACGAGCUGUAUGAGCAGGUGAAGUCAGACCAGCAUCCGCUUAUACAUAGAUUCCAGAUGCUGCUUAAAAGCUCUAUGGGUUUCACUAUCCCACUUUUCCAUGCUCGAGGCGUCUUCAAUUAUGAUGUUGGCUUGAUGCCAUAUCGCAGACCAUUGAACAUCGUUGUUGGUAGGCCAAUUCCAGUCAUCCAGCAGACUGAUAGGAGCAAGGUCGAAGACUCAUAUAUCGAUGAACUGCAUGAAAAAUACAUUCAAGAGUUGGAAAAGAUGUGGGAUGAAUGGAAGGAUACUUUUGCUCCUGGCCGUAUCUCCGAACUCGAGAUCGCUUCUUGA